AUGGCUUCCAGCAGCGUGGCGUCUCGGUUGAGCGAGCUCGAGGGAGCUCCCACGCAACAACGAGCGGCAGAAUACAACAGCGUACUUCAAGGCAUCAUCGCAGAGGCCGAGAACUCCGAGAAUAACCUGAUCGCCUACGUUCAAUCAACCACAUCCGACAGCAUCGGAGUCAUCAACUCCCGGCCCUUGUUGUCCGCAUUCAUCGAGCAGUACCGCCAGAUUCCAGACAAUGAUGUGAAGAUUAGCGCAGGGUAGGUUACAAGGAUCAUACCUUGUGAAUUAGUGUUUGGCUAACUUCGGAUAGAACUCAGAUCGUGCAGCUACUUGCUCCUAAGAUCAUCUCAUUCGAGCAGCAGGACAGCGAGCUCAAGUUUGCCCUGGCCGACGCUUAUGAAGCAGACGAAGACUUCACAAAUUCCGCCAAGACCCUGCAGACCAUCACGCUCGAGUCAUCACAACGCUCCGUGAGCGAUGACGAGAAGGCGAGGGUCUGGAUGCGCAUCUGUCGCUGCUACCUCGAGGAAGAAGAUCCGACCAAUGCACUCACAUACCUGAACAAGAUCAAGCAGAUCUACUAUACCGUCACGGACAACACCACGCGCCUUCAGUUCCAACUCUCCCAGGCACGAAUCAGCGACUCACAACGCAACUUCCUCGACGCCUCUUCUGCAUAUCUGCUGUUGUCCAACGAAGCCGUCAUUGAUGCCGAGGAGCGGCUACAAGCUCUAUCUGCCGCCAUCACAUGCGCUGUCCUAGCUCCAGCGGGCCCUCAACGUGGCAAGCAACUAGCUAAGCUCUAUAAAGACGACCGUGCCACCAAUACACCAGAGUACGGAAUCCUAGAGAAGAUCUUCCUCGACCGGCUACUCUCUCCCUCAGAAGUCGCUGCCUUUGCCAAUGGCCUCAAGGAACACCAACUUGCCAAGACUUCAGACGGCAGCACAGUGCUGGACAAGGCCGUCUUGGAGCACAAUCUCCUCGCAGUAUCUCGCAUCUAUGCCAAUAUCACCUUCCAGGACUUGGGCGCCUUGCUAGGCGUCGACGCCGACCGAGCGGAGAUGUACGCUUCUGGCAUGAUGGAAAGCAAGCGCUUGUCCGGAUCCAUCGACCAGAUUGCCGGCACCAUCCAUUUCAAUACCAAAGAGGGCGGCCACAAUAAUGUGAAGAUGGACUUGCGGGCAUGGGAUGCCAAUGUGCAGAGCCUGGCAGAGGAAGUGGAGAAGGUGACCACGAUGCUUCAGCGUGAGGAGCCCGCAUGGUACGAGCAGCAGGUCUCGGCAUAG